GCAGACCGCCAUUAUAUCACAUGAGAAAAAUAAGUUAUAGUACCAUAGAAGAAGAAGAAGACUUCACUGUCUAUAGCUCUGUGUGGAUACUUGCUCCGUCGGGGUGAACACGAAAGAGGCAAUUCGGUUCAAGGAGCUACACCGAGCCUUUUCACAAAAAUACUUUGAUUUUGUACACAGAAAAUGGCGGUUCCUGCAGGUGCAAAUGUACAGAUGAACACAGAAACAAAGAACGACCUUGCAAAUCCAUCUGAAAAUGACAUUCACUUUGGCGAGAAAGAAUUGGAAAACAUCACAAAUCACGUCGAAGAUGGCACAACACUGCCCCUGCACUCUCCGUGGACAUUUUGGCUUGACAGGUCAUUGCCAGGGACAACAGCAGCAGAGUGCGAAUCUAAUCUGAAAAAGAUCUACACAGUACAAACUGUUCAGAGUUUCUGGAGUGUAUACAACAACAUCCCUCCCGUGACUACCCUGCCUCUAAGAUGUAGUUAUCACUUAAUGCAUGGAGAGAGGAGGCCCCUAUGGGAAGAAGAAAGUAAUGCUAAAGGUGGAGUCUGGAAGAUGAAAGUACCAAAAGAAAGCACUUCUGCCGUUUGGAAGGAGUUGUUACUUGCCACGAUUGGAGAGCAGUUUGCCGAUUAUUGUGCUUCAGAGGAUGAAGUGGUUGGUGUAAGCGUUAGUAUUCGAGAUCGAGACGAUGUUGUUCAGGUCUGGAAUGGAAAUGCAUCUCUUGCUAGUGAAGCGAAUAUCUUAGGGAAAGUCUAUGAACUCCUCCCGCACAUAACUUUUAAAGCAGUAUUUUAUAAAUGUGAGUAUGGUCUUUUGUUUUCGUCAUUUAUUUUAAAGUGCAUUGUUUUGAAUGAUAAUUACCCAGCUGAGGGCGGGCGGGCUGUGAAUACUUUGGCUGCUAUGACGCUCUGCGAAAUCAUACUAUGUCUCUAUUUUUGAGUUUUGACUGUGGCAUUGUAGUCACACAAAAUAUGAAUAAUGUUGUCCGUAUGUAGUUAUUUUUCAAUCUCAUUGAAAUUGAAAGACCUACGAAAAGGUUGAGGCUUUACCAUGCCUGCAUAUCUAUUCCAAUUUAUUCACUUACGGAAACACAACAUCCCCAUCAGCAAAGAUGACUGAAAAAUGUACUAUACUACUAGCAUACAUAUAAAGCAAAAGCGAGAACAGUCAGUUGCCGAUGUUGAAAGUUGCUACCGAACCUGACUUUCUACUGGUGGUAUUGACUAUUUAGAUACUAAAUCUAACUGAUGGGAAUUCGUUCAUUUGAGGUAGCAAGCUUUUAUACGUGUCUGCUAUCUAUUGAGCUAGAAUCCAAUAGGAUUUUCACACGCUUUUGGUUAGUUUCACCACUCUGUCUGCCCGCUCUCCAUCUACAUGCCCCCGGUGAGUUUUAGGCAUUUUUUUUAUCCAACAUAAAAUUUUUGCUAUGUAUGUGAAGUCAAGGGUUUACAUUAAAUAUGACUGUUUUCGUCUUUCAGCUCACAGGGAACAUCAUGCCUUUGAAGGAGGGCGUUCACGACAUUAGCCUCUGCACUUUUUGAUAAAGCUCUAUUCUCGCCUGGAUUUAACCUUCUCUCCUCAACUUAAUCCAAAAUAUAAUUUUGCAUACUGUACAUCGAACCGAGGAAAACGUCAUAGAAUGUUAUUGAUAUAUAUUUUUAUAGAUUCAAAUGGCUGAGUUUCAGUCUGAUGCCUUUUAUUGUUUUUGUUGUUGUUCUUGAAACACAAUUCUAAAGAGAUUCUAUCUUUAAAGUACCGGUAGGUCUUUUUUAAUUUAGUGGGUCAUUUAAAAAAAGAAAAGAAAAUGUCCUUAGUCUUCAUUCAUGUCAUUUCUGUAUAUGUGGUGUUUCUUCUUUAGAAUGAUAAUGCACUCUAUUGCUGCACUGUCACUGCCCUGCUCUCUGCCCAGCUUGGCAUGCCAUGGACCUCACACGUGAGCAUUGAUCCCUAAUGUAUCUAUGGCACACCGCUGACCCACAGUUCAAUGUUUUUCACUACAUUUGCCCUUAGAGAGAUGUUGCUUGUUUAUACAAUGUAUGUUUUUAGCUGUCUUGGAAUUCUGAAUUGUUUGAUCCAUAUAUACUUUGACUCAUUUGAGAAAAAUGUUGUCCUAAAAGUUGUAGUAUUGUAACUGUUGGCAGACAGUGUUUUCUUUUUGGCACACACUCAAUCAUGUCUCACCAAUAUUAACAUCAGCGUUGAAGUUAGUAAAUGUAUAAUUGACUCAAAUGCUAUAGGUAGUAAUGAGCAAAGUCCCCAGACAUUCUUACACGUUAUGAUUAUACUUUGAUUGCAGAGCUGUUAAUAUGCAAUAGGUAUGAACAGUGUUAUACUGGUGUAUUUUUUUUUGUAUCAGAAUUUUUUUUUACUUUAAAAGGAUCAAAUAUUAACAAAGUAGUGUGUAUAUAUAGUACAUUUCAUUUAAACAUUUCUAAAAGUGUGGCAAAUGCAUUCUUUGGAAGUAUGUUUUGAGUGAAUGUAAUAAUAAGAUAAGUUACUAUUCACCUUAUUGAAACUCAGCCCAAUAUUUAAAAAAAGAAAUAUCCCAUGCUGCUGUCACAUCACUGUCACCAGAACACUUGUGCUGGUAAUAUAUGCAAAAGUAUUUGGACACCCUUUCAAAUUAGUGGAUGGUGACAUCCACUAAUUGGUGAAAGGUGUAUAAAAUCGAGCACAUAGACAAACAUUGGCAGUAGAAUGACCUUACUUAGUGACUUUCAACAUGGCACCGUGACAGGAUGCAACAAGUCAGUUUGUCAAAUUUCUGCCCUUCUAGAGCUGCCCCGGUCAACUGUAAGUGCUGUUAUUGUAAAAUGGAAACGUCUAGGAGCAACAAUGGCUCAGCCGUGAAGUGGUAGGCAACUCAAGCUCACAGAAAGGGGCCGCUGAGUGCUAAUGCACGUAGCGCGUACAAAUAGUCUCCUCGGUUGCAACACUCACUACCGAGUUCCAAACUGCCUCUGGAAGCAACAUUGGCACAAGAACUGCUCGUUGGGUGCUUCAUGUAUUGGGUUUCCAUGGCCGAGCAGACGCACACAAGCCUAAGAUCACCCUGCUCAAUAAGUGUCGGCUGGAGUUGUGUAAAGCUCGCCGCCAUUGGACUCUGGAGCAGUGGAAAUGCGUUCUCUGGUGUGAUGAAUCACGCUUCACCAUCAGGCAGUCCGACGGACAAAUCUGGGUUUGGCGGGUGCCCGAAUGCUAGUGCCAACUGUGAAGGAGGAAUAAUGGCCUGGGGCUGUUUUUCAUGGUGCUGGCUAAGCCCCUUUUUUCCAGUGAAGGGAAAUCUUAACGCUACAGCAUACAGUACAAUGACAUUCUAGAUGAUUCUGUGUUUCCGACUGUGGCAACAGUUUGGGGAAGGCCCUUUCCUGUUUCAGCAUGACAAUGCCUCCGUGCACAAAGUGAGGUCCAUACAGAAAUGGUUUGUUGAGCUCAAUGUGAAAAAGCUUGACUUGGUUGCAUAGAGCCCUGACCUUAAUAACCCCAUCAAACUCCUUUGGGAUGAAUUGGAACGCAGACUGCGAGCUAGUCCUAAUCACCCAACAUCAGUGCCCGACCUCACUAAUGCUCUUGUGACUGAAUGGAAGCAAGUCCCCUCAGUAAUGUUCUAACUUCUAUUGGAAAGCCUCCCCAGAAGAGUGGAGGCUGUUAUAGCAGCAAAGAGGGGACCAACUCCAUUUUAAUGCCCAUGAUUUUGGAAUGAGAUGUUUGACGAGCAGGUGUCUAUAUACUUUUGGUCAUGUAGUGUGUAACCUCUGUUAUUUCUGUUUUGAAUCCCACUAUCUCAAAGUGAGCUGUACUGAUCACAUUUUACAUUAGAACUGUGCCUUCCGCUGCCCAGGUUCUCAGUUGUAGAAUUUGGUUUAAAAAUGUAUGCAACUUGGUCCUAUAUUUGUGAGUCUUGUUGCAUUUGUUAUUCGAGGGUACUGAAAAAUAAAAUGUUUUUAAUUUGUGGGAAUAUUCUGAUGCUUUGGUCUUGGAUGCAUUAUCUCCACCUACUGGUGACUUUUUGUCGUAUAUUUCACCUGCAUUUCUGCUGCAAGUCACUUAAUACAGAGUACUAAUAGUACUACUGAUACUCUGUUCAGUAUCAUCACCCCUGAAAUGAAAAAAUAAAUAAAAACUAACUUUCUGUGUCCUUUGCCACGUAGCAAGAGUGUUUAAGUCCUAUGCUUGUCCAUAUUUGUUCACACACUGCAAGCACUGGUUUGAUCAACCGUGGCAGUAAAUAAGUAAAAUAUGAAUAUUAUCCCAACAGGAUGCCUGUUUUUGAAAUGUAGGUGUGUGUUGUCAAUUUCCAGGCUUUUUGUUUUUUGCUUACAAAUACAGUAUGGACAGAUGGGUGAAAUGUCCUCAGAAGUCAUUAUCUGUGAACCCUCCCCAGAAGUGGCUUCCUUUCAUUACAUGUAGAACGUUAGUCAUGUAUUGUUCCUCUGUUGCUCAUCAUGCCCUCAGCAGCAGGGGAGAACAUCAUAUGAAAGCCACCCCCUUUGGAAAUUGAGAGUAGAUUAUUUUAAUUUGCUUAAUUACUUAAUUAACAGAAAGCUAAUUACUUUGUUGUGUGCAUGAGUGCAUAUGGAGAGGGUGUUACAUAAUUGAUAGUAAUCCUCAAUUAAUUUGUUUUAAAGCAGCACUCUUAUCAAGUCAAGGCCUAAUCCACAGCAUAUCGGCAACAUCAAACCAACAAUAUGUAAAAACAAUUCAUACAAAAACACUUUUGUUUGACACCAUUGAGCUUAAUAUGCCCCAUAUUGAAAUGCAGAUACAUUUAGCUGACUUUGUAAUUGUGUGUUGUAUUGUCUUUUAAUGGAUCAACAUUUUUAAUUGGAAGUUCACCUAGAGAAUUAUAUUUUUUGAUUUCAUUGUAUGAUUACAACUUUGAUGCAAAUUGAGAGGGGUGCUGUUGUUACUAUAAAUGCCCACUAUCAAAAUAACGAAAGUCGCACACUCCAUAUAUAAACUCCCAGCAAUUUAAUGGGUAUUUAACAUCGUUUCGGCAGCACUGUGCCUUCCUCAGGGUAAUGUCAUGAAUACUUGAACCAGACAUUACACUGAAGAAUGCACAGUGAUGCUGAAACGUUGGUAAAUACGCAUUAAAUUGCUAGGAGUUUAUAUAUGGAGUGUGCGACUUUGUUUUGAUAGUUUAUAGUUUAUUUGCCGUUAGCACCUCCACACAAACACAUUUUUCUGGGUGUGCGCCAGCUCAUGUUUUUUAAGUUACUAUAAAUGUCUGCAUCAUCACUGAACAAAAAUAUGAACUCAAAUUCUAAAGUGUUGGUCCCAUGUUUAAAGAGCUGAAAUAAAAUAUCCCAGAAAUGUUC